AUAAUAUUGUGUCUGUGUGCACGAAUUUCAGUUGACUGUGAUAGACGGUGUAGUCUAGUGCUAAUAAUUAUAUAAGUAGUUGGGUUAAUAAAAAAAAAAAAAUAAUAACAAUUAAGAUGCCUCUAAAUUUUGUUAAAAGUGAAAGAGGAAAAUAUAUGCUCGUGCAUGAUGGUUUUUUAUAUCGUUUUGAAAGUAAAAAUGAUAAAAAAACUAUAUGGAAAUGUGUUGAAAAUUUAAAAAAAAAAUGUAAAGCCAGAAUACAUACAGAUGAAAAUUCCAUUAUAAGUGAUGUAACCAAGAUAUCACAUGUUCAUUUUCCCGAUAUUGCCAAAAUCGAAGCGAAAAGAGCAAUGGAAAAUUUAAAGGAGCUUGCUAAGAAAACUGAACUAAGUACUCAAUCUGUUGUAGCAACUGUUGCUUCAGAGUUAAAUACAGCAGUUUCUGGUCAAAUGCCUGGCAUACCGUUAAUGAAAAGGACUAUUCUGCGAGUAAGAGAACGUGAAAAUGCAGCACCAGGUAUACCGCAAUCAUUAUAUGAUCUUGUUAUCCCAGAAGAGUAUAAAAAAACAUCAGAUGGUAAGUCAUUUUUACUAUUUGAUUCUUUCGAUCAUGACCCGGAUAACUGCGAUAGAUUUUUAUUAUUUUCAACGGAAGAAAAUUUGCAAAAAAUGUCCGAAUGUGAUCAUUGGUAUGCAGAUGGCACAUUUUCAUGUGCCCCAUCUAUUUUCAAACAAUUGUAUACUAUCCAUGGAAUACAAUGUUCAAAUGUCUUACCUUCGGUUUAUGCACUCUUACCAAAUAAAAAAAAGAAAACAUAUAUUCGUUUGUUGCAAAGUCUAAAAACAUUAAACUGCAACUUAAAACCAAAAACGGUCAUGUUAGAUUUUGAAAUUGGUGCAAUGACUGCUUUCAAAAAAGAAUUCAGUGAUAUGGACUGGAAUCUGAUUUAUCGAGAUUACUUGACUAUUUUGAAGAAACGUGGGUUGGUAAAAUGGACAGGAACGGGAAAAGGAAAAAUCCAAAAUUUUCAAUUACAAUUUGGAAUUGCUAUGCUGAUGAAUAUAACCUUCCAAAAACUAAUAAUUCAGUAGAAGGAUGGCAUAAUGGUUUUUCGUCCAUAUUAAAUGCUAUUCACCCUAACAUUUGGAAAUUUAUAAGAGCCCUACAAAAAGAAGAAAAACUAAAUCGUCUGAAAAUGGUCCAAUAUUGCAAUGGAGCAGAAACACCUAGAAAACGAAAGAAAUAUAAUGACACCGCUGAGAGAAUAAAUACAAUAUGUAAAACAUUUAAUAAUAGAACAUUUGAUGAAUAUAUGUCUGGGAUAGCUCAUAACUUGUAAUAUUAUUUUUUAAAACUUAUAAUUAUUGUCACAUAUAUUAUUUUUACGCAUAUUAUUUUUUAAAACUUAUAAUUAUUGUCAUAUAUAUUA